AUGUUUCUCCCAUUGAAAAUCCAAUUGGAAUUAAAAGAAGGAAUUACAAAUAAAAAUUAUAUAUCAUACAUAAUUUAUUAUUUUUUGUCAUAUUUUUUACCUAUUGUUAUUUUAUUGUCAAUGUGUAAGUGCAAAUUAAUCGAAAUAUUUCGUCAAUGUUUGCGUCAAUACGCCCAUGGCUGUCUUUCAGCUUUUCUUCCUCAAACAUUUUCGCAGACUUCUUCCACUCUAUCAGGCGUUGGAUUAAUUGGAACUUCCUCAAUUUUACAGAAUUUAAUACGAGACGAGACAUCUCCGUCUGCUCGUUUAACACAAGACCAAAUCUAUUUUACUUGUUGUAUAUUAGCUACAGCUGAUUGGAGUGCUGAAACAACUGUUCAAUUACAAGAAAAAUUGAAACAAAAAAUAUCGCCUGCAGAUUUAAGCCAAGAAUCAGAGCUAUUUUACAGCAUUUCAAAUAAUUCUCUUAAUAUUCUUGUACAAGAUGCAGAAAUGCUUUGUGAGCCUAGUUUGCAAGCUAUGACUAAAAUAAAUUGGUCAAAUAUUGAACAAGUUAGAGAUGAAUCCCCUUAUGUUUCUACAAUCAGAAAGAAUUUACGUCCAACAGUUCCGUUAAUUAGAGAUUAUUUUAGUGAAAGAAGAAAAUAUUUUGCCCAUUUCUGUAUGAAACUUGCAACUAAUUUAGUCAACAAAUUUCUUGGUGCAAUAUUUAAAUGCCGACCAAUAUCUAUAGCCGGUGCAGAACAGUUAUUGUUGGAUACACAUUCUUUGAAGACUUUUUUACUUAAUUUACCCUCAAUUGAAAGUUCAAUUGUAAUAAAACCUCUGCAAAUGUAUACAAAUACUUUGAAUAAAGGAAUGGCGAGGGCAGAAAUGAUUUUGAAGGCUGUGAUGGCGGAUACUUCAGAUCCAAAUGAAUUUGUAACUCAUUACAUGAGAAUUUUACCGGAUUCGGAUGUUAGUGAAUUACAACGAAUUAUGGAGAUGAGGUCAAUGCGAAAGGCUGAUCAACAACAACUUGUACAAUUAUAUAAAACAAAAUUGGAAAGUGGUAAAGGUGAUAAUCAAGCAGUAACUAAUACAAAAACAAUGUCAACAUUUGAGACGUUAACUGGAUCUGCGGGUAUUCCCUCAUCUUUGGCCAGUUUUGGUGACUCGAGUAUGCGAAAAUUAGAAAAAUUUGUUAGAAAGAUGUGA